GCGUGCCCUUCCGCUUCCUGCCGGCUGGGCGUCAAGGGUGGCGCGGGCCUUCCAGGCGGAGGCGGGCGGCAGUUCUCCGAAUGGCUUCUUUUGGGUGGAAGAGAAAGAUUGGUGAGAAAGUUUCAAAAGCUACUUCUCAGCAAUUUGAAGCAGAAGCUGCAGAUGAUGAGGAUCUGGCUGAUGAUGAUGAUGCUAACUGGGUGCAUGCAACCAAGAGAAGAAAGGAAAUUCUCUUAGAGGACUGUGUAAAGAAAAGUAAGGAGCUGAAGGAUGAAGGUGCAAAUUUGGCUGAAAAUAGGAGGUAUCGAGAGGCCAUUCACAAGUGGGAUGAAGCACUUCAGUUAACUCCAGAGGAUGCUACGCUCUAUGAGAUGAAAUCGCAGGUCCUGAUGUCUUUACAUGAAAUGUUCCCAGCAGUGCAUGCAGCAGAAAUGGCUGUCCAGAGAAACCCACGUUCCUGGGAUGCCUGGCAGACUUUGGGACGUGCCCAGCUUGGAUUAGGAGAGAUAGCACUGGCAAUCCGAAGUUUCCAAGUGUCCUUACACAUCUUUCCAAUGAACCCUGAAGUAUGGAAAGAGGACCUUUCCUGGGCAAGAAAACUACUUGAACAGCAGAAGGCAACAAAGAGCGAGGCAGUGCAAACACUGGCAAAAGAGAAAGAUGUUGCACAAGAAUCAAUUCCAGACUAUGACUUUGAAAGUGAUGAAAUUGUGGCAGUCUGUGCUGCCAUCGCAGAGAAGGAGAAAGCUCUUUCAGCAGCUAAAACAGUAGUGAUUGUAUCUGCUUCAGGCACAGUAGAGACUGUUACUGAGAAGGAGAAUUGUCCUACAACUCCUGAUGAAACCCUUUUCAUCAAAGCCCGAUAGGGCAGCCUUGUGGGUUGCCAUACUGUUUUAAGAACUAGUGUUAUUUAUGGUAUCGGGCUUGCUUUGGUUUUGUUUUUUGAGCAGUGGGAGAGCCUAAAAAAGUUAAAGAAUUUAAGUUUUUUCUUCUGUAAAUUGAAAAAGAAAUGACCUGAAUUGUUAUUCCAUCCAUAUUUUUGGAGAAGAAAGCCAAGAGUUGAUUCUAAAAAUCUUAAUGAACAGAUGUAAUGUUAAUAUGCUUAACUACAUUCUAACAACUGCUUUCAUCUUUAUGUAUUUCAUAAUUUUACAAGUUAAUGUCUAAAUGUUCCCAGUAAUUAGAAGGCUUUUAUUUAAACUGUAAAAGAGAAGGGGAUUUUUGAAAAAAUCUAUUUCUAUCCUUAUUCAUUAACAUUUUUCUUCCAGUUAAAAUGAGAACUGUUCUCUGUUAUCAGAAGCCUAUUUUCAUUACAAUUACUUUUUCUGUAAGGAAAUUUCCUGUGAAGCAAAGGUGGAUUAUUAUUUUGCUAGUGUGUGUGUGAUAAAUCUGACAUCUGAUUUGUAGUCAAAUGAAAUCAGUAGAAAUCUUUAUGUUGCUUUCAUAGGUUGAUGGAUCAUCAUUCUGAUGAGAUGAAAGGUAAUGCUAUAUGAAACAAGCCCUUGAGUGCUUGCUAAAUGUUUCACCGAAAGAAACCGAGGCUGAAACUGGCCUUUCCUUAUCUGGAGUGUUGUGCUACAGGCAUCACCAAAAGAAAAAUGGUGGGAGCUGGAAGUAGGUAUGUCUGAAAGUGUAUUACAUUUAGCCUUUUCUUUUCUACUGAGGCUAAUAUGAUAAAGGGAGUAAAUUUGGUUUUCCUAAUCCUUGUGACCAGCCAUUUAAAGUAAGUUUUAGUGAACCUAAUUUUCAGGGUAGCUUGAGUCUCCCUUUUUAUUCUUUUUGGAUUUUGGAUGCUGUGGUGGGUAUUCACAUUUUGUUAACUUAGAGGCAUAAUGUAGGAGACUUGUUUAAUGUUAAUCUUUCUUUAGGGGAAGGUGGCUGUUGGUUCUUACAUGGUCAGUUCAGAGGAAUGGAGUGAGGCUGUGUCUUUGAUGUGCUCUCUGCCGAGACUGCUAUCUUUUCAUUACCUUAGAGAUGAUCACCUCCUAACUGGACUGGAAAAAAUGGUCAACUGAGUAAUCCCCAGAGAAUUCAGGAUUGGGAACACAUAAUUUAUACUUGAUUUUGAUAACAUUUUGCAUGAUAAAAACAUGUGAAUAAUAGUUCUGUAGACAAGUGAAACUUUUUAAAAUCAGUUAUCUUUGCAUUUUUCAUAUCUGAUUUCUAUUUUCAAAAUAACACAUUUUAAAAGGAAAUGAUGUUGCUCAAGAAGCAUAGUGGUUUUGCAAUAGAAAUGUCUUACAGAAAUAUUUAUCUCAGAUCAUACUUUCAGUUGAAUCUCUUCAAGAGAACACUUGCAGUCUUCGCAGGAAUUAAUUAGCCCUUUCAAAUACUUAAUUGCCGUGUUUUACUUACUAAGUUUUCAUUAAUUUUUGCAAGAUUCUUCCUGAAUAUAUUUUUGUAUAUAUGUUGAUUUUUAGAUCUGUGCUUGCACAGGCACACACACACAAAUUUAUGCUUUUUAACAUCUCCUAAGUAUUCAAAAUAAUUAUAGCGACUAAAAUAUAUUAAGAAAUGUAAAACAUCACCGUGCUACAUUUUUACUCGUUCAUUCAGAUCAGAAAAGGUCUUAAAUGCUGACUGAAUAAGCAUUUGAUUAAGAUAUGGUUCGAUAGACGGUUUAAAUUGUCCCAGUUGAAGAAUUUCUUAAUCUUAUUUUUCCUGAAAACUUAAAUAGCACAGUCUCUUCAGCCACAGAAAGAGUUAGUAUGAGAAGGAUUUGGACAGAUUCCUUUGAAGAAGAGACUUUGGCUAGUAAAGGAAAUGUGCAAGAAGCUGUAAGGUGUGUUUUCAUUUUGCAGGAGCUCGGCUAUAAUCCAACUCAUCUUUUCUUUCUUUGCGCUUUAGACUUGCGUCAGCAUUACGUAUUUACUCAUACAGGAAGGACUGCCUCCUUCCUUUCAGAGGUCCGUGUUAUCAUAGAAUCUGUUUCCACUGAAAUGAUUCACAAAAUUCCUAUUGACUUCAGUACUGCUGGGCCAAACUAAUGGAGGGGUGUGCAUCUACACUGUUGGGGAGAGUGGCUGUGCUGGGUGCGAGGGGUGGUUGUUUCCAUCCCCUGUACUAAAUGUGUUUUCCUUCUGAUUAGAUUAGGUUAUGAAUUCUAGGUGUUGUGAGGACAGUAUUGUUUUGUAGAGCAGGUAAGUUCUUGUGACACUGUUAUUCUCAAACUGGGAAGAAGUUAGAAACUUGAUGAUUUCAACAUUGUUUUUUGUACAGCAUGCCAUGUUUUGCAUGUAUGGGAUUUUUUUGAUCUGUUUGAAUAAAAUAGUGACUUCUCUGCUACUUA